AGAGGUCACUAAUGCUCAAGAAUAAGAAGUGCUCACUUGCUUACAUCUCCACUCAGUAGCCUCUGUAAGCGGUGAACGGCAGUGUGCUGAAGUUUAGGGGAUCUCUACUGAAAGUUAGAGAUCUCACUUCUGGACCUGGCUCUGACUCACGCUCCUACUGCGGGCUUAGAUGAGCUGCACGGACUUGAUGGCCCUAAGCUCUACUUCAGCUUUACCUAGAUCUACACAAAGGAGUAGAGCACAGGAAAUGGAAACUGCAUGGAAACAUCCAAAUGAAUGAAACCACUUUUCCCUCAUCUCCCUGAAGAGGGCUGGUGGGGGGCUGCAAGCAGGGGAUACACCAUGAAGGGGCGACCUGUGGGCGCUGACUGGCCGAACCCUGAAGAGCCUGGUGAAGGAUCCUUGCACACACAGAGAGAGGCCUGGAGCAAUGAAACUGCCCAAAUUAAUAUACUUAUAAAAUGAGAAUCCCUGCAGUGGCCACGAUGAAACAAAGACCAGAAAUAUUUCCUUGAAUUUUACAUAAGCAUGUGGUGUCUUGAGAAAUUCUAGGAAGGCAGCAAGUCCUCCCAAUAUGUGACAGCUUUUUCUUGCCACUUUUUAAAAUGGGGAUACCAAACUGACUUAAUUCGAUUUAGAAAAAAGUUUAGAAAAAUAAGGUAACUUUUUUCUCUCUACCAGAGUUAUGGAAGAAAAUUCACACCAGCCAUGCAGGAUUUUAUUUAGGUGUUUCAGCCUUUCCUUGUGGAAAUGACUUGGGAACUUGUCUAAACUGGGCCACAAGGUUACCACAAAAACUAAUAACAUGUCAGGCAGGCAACACUGAAGUACCAGGUCAGGUCUAGGAAGCAGAUGUGGAAAAUAUAAAAUGUGGUCAGUGGAUUGAGGUCCAAAGGUAUGAAAAUGUGAAGAAUGUGCCGAGAGCAAUUGGUGGGCCAUUAUGGAUCUUCAGGCAAUUGAGGCAGCAGUGAGAGAGGUGACUGAAAAUUGGGUUAAGAUACCAGUAAAAAACACUUUGGAUGUUAACCAAGAAAUGCCAUGUUGGACACAUUAACUGUUCCCAAACAUGGGAUAAUCUUAGCUUAAUGUCUUUGUCUUUUAUAGCAUGGCAUCCUCAUCACACUCUAAAGCUGUGUGAGCAGUUAAAAAAAUUUAUGAAACACUUGAGAUGUGCGAAGUGCAGGCCUAGGUCCCGAGAGGCCAUUGUAGGGGAAGAAAGUCUGAAAUGAGUAAGGUCCUUCUGGAUCCACAAUCUCGUGGCAAGACAAUACUAAUCAAUUAAUAACUGUAUUUCUAAUGGAGACUCUUCACCAUUGCCCUCAUGCGACACCCUAAGUUUUAUGUGUACCGUAUUUUUCCUCAGGAAAACGGACCACAGGACAGGAGCAGCUCUGGGUCUACUAGUCCAGCUAAGGGCAUCUUCGAAAAGGAAAAGUGGGAACUGUGAAGAGAGAGAGGGGGAGGGCACCAAGGGCAUAUGCCCAUCAGGCAGUCAUCUCAGCUGGUACAGGCCGGCCCUGCUGAUCAGGUUUUGCCUGAAGCUACAGGGUUGUUGUGUCUGAUGUUCCUGGCUGGAAGCAAACAGUAUUUUCACCUGGGUUCACAAUCCUUUUGUUUUAACUCCCAGUCUCUCUUAAAGAGUCUUUUUUCAGGAUUUGGAAUCUCUGAAUAAGCUCCACAUACCCCAAGCUACAUAUCGCCAGCAGAAGCAAAUAGCACAAUGGCUGGGCUAGUCUUCCUUCCAAAUGAGGGAGUGUAACAGCCCAAAAGGUGGGCUCUGAAACCCCCAGAGGAAAGCAAAAUAGGGCAAGAUUUGUUAAAAUUCCAGAUAAGAAUUUCCAGGGGUAGGAGCUCUCUCUUAGCAUAUUGCUUUCACUUGGGCUUUUACUCUAAAGAAGUAUUACAUCAUGAUAAUAGACUUUAAACACAUACCUACAUGAAUGUAUAUUCACAUAUAUGUAUACUUUAUUAUGGAAAAUACACAUAACAUAAAAUGUACUAUUUUACCCAUUUUAAAAUAUACAAUUCAGUGGCAUUACGUACAUUUGAAUAAUGGGCAACCAUCACCACUAUCCAUUUCCAGAACUUUCUCAUCAUCUCAAAUAGAAACUCUGUACCUAUGAAACAGUAACUCCCCAUUUCCUCUCCCCCAGCCCCUGGUGACCUUUAUUCUAUUUUCUGUCUCCUUGAAUUUGCCUAUUCUAGGUUCCUCAUAUAAGUGGAAUCAUUCAAAUGUGUCCUUUUGUAGCUGCGGAUGUUUCAGACAGAAGGAAGGAAAAGAAACUGAGACAAGCCAAAUGCAGUUCCCUUGGGUCUGUUACAGCCUGAGGCACAUCCCGGCUUCCCUGCCUGCCAGGACCACUCCUCUGUCCCUGGACAUCCAUGCAGGGAUGAUGCCAUUAGGCUCCUCCUCCUAGCUCAUUAUGCAGUUCAUCUCAUCUCAUUUCCUUCCUCUUUUAUACAGAGACUGAUUUCCCCUUUGUUGACUCUUGUCAGCACAAACAGGGUUGCAUCUAUACAAUAGCACAAAUUACUUCUUGAGCAGCUUGGCUGGGUUUGGGUAGCUGCUGCCAGGUUUCCAGUCUCCUACGAGGCUGUCCUGCCACAGUGGGACUUUGUGCAUGUGUGACCACUGGGUGCUGGGCCUGAGCCCGGCUAGCUGAAGUGGUGAGUUCUUCCUGACACUCACUGCCCUAGAGACCCAGGGCUUGGAGGGCACUCUGACCUGGAAGAUGACCUUUCCCAUGAAAAAUAAAACAAAGCCAGCCUCUGCUUUUCCUGCAUGGUUCUUGGUUUGCAGUUAUCAGCGACUUUCCCAGAACUGACCAAUUGAUUAGGCAGUCUUGGAAAGCUCAUCCCUCAGCAUUUAGGGCUUGGGAAAUUCUACUUCCAGAUCCCAAGGGGACAGAACAGAUUUUCAGUGAGUGUUCCUAACUUGAAAAAUCUGCCCUUAAACUUUCUUAGUUCUAGAAUUCUCUUCCAGACUGUGGGUCUCCUUUAUCUGUGAUUAGAUGUUGAAUGUUUAUAUUCAAAUGAAUAGGAUGCCCUACACAAUGGCACAGAGACCAGCCUAUUUACCAAUUGGUAAAGAUGAUUUUGAAGUGGCUUCAGAGGCAACUGACCAAACCUUACCUUAUGGUCUAAAAUCUCCUAGUCUCUCCAAGAAUGCUUUUGGUUUUUUUGCCUCUAUGUCCAGUCUACCACAUAGUACAGUGUGCUUUUCUGUUUUUUUUUUUUUUGACUAGUAGACCCACUAAUUUACUUUGCAUGGCAUUUGUUCUUGUUUUAAGAUUUUUUUCCCUCUUAGCUUCCUUCUGAUUUAUCUCCUCUUUUAAAUAUUCAUGGAAAAGGCUCUUACUUGGCCCCUGAAUUUCUUUAUUCUUCUGGGUCUUGCUGGUGGCAUGGGAGAAACUGUAAGUAAGGUUUGGUGUUAGAUACAUCCACCUUCCAAGCCUGACCGUGCUACUUACUAGCUGUGUGACCUUGGACAAGUAACUUAACCUGCUCUGUGAAAUGGAAAUAAAUGACUUGUUAUUCUCAUGGAUACUGAUACGACUACUUAAAAUAAUUAGGAAAAGUACCUGAUAACAGGUAGUGACAAACUGUAGCACACACCCCACAACCUUUUCUUUCUAAUUUAGUUAAACAUAAGCCCUGCCCAGUCGAUCUUCAGUGGACCUGAUUCCUUUGACAGAGCCCCAAACGUUCAGAGUUUUCAGGUCUGAGCUGGUCUAAGCUUCAAACAGGCUGCCCUCAAUGAAACCAUGCUAGUAUUCACUUGAUUUUUAGAUAAUGGUUCCUAAGGUCUUCAUCUGAAGAAGCAAGCCACAACUUGGCACUGCCCCUCAAGCACUUGAUGCCAGGCUGUGCCCAGGAGGGGUUUGCUCCAGAAAGACAACAGCAAAAAAAGAUCCAAGUACCUGUGACAUCGUUCCAUAACCUGGAAAUGACAAAGGACAAAGCCCAGAAACCAAGGGGAGGGCUAUGUGGUUGGUUUUACCCAGCAGAAGGGACUCUUCUAAGCAGGACAGGGCUGGCUCGCCUGCAUUUUGUUAUGGGGCAGGUAACUCGGAGACUGUUUCCCCAUGAGAAGUUAGUGUGCUGCUGAAGCUCCCUAGCGUCGGAGGGAGGACAUGCGCUUAGCCCUACUUACAGUGUGGGCUUAGGUUUCUAUUUGUGACAACUUUCUGUAUUGGUUGGCAGCUUCUCCCCAGCAUCCACCUCGAUCUGGUUGCAGUCCUCGGUGCUGCGUGGAUGGGAUUCCAAACCCUCGCUGCCGGAGGACAAGGUGACCAUUAGUUUGGAGAAAUGCUGAACCUGAAGUCCUCGGAGUGGGGAUCCUCGUGGAGUAACCAGCUGAAAACGUUUUGCUGUCAGUUUCUGUGGUCACAGUGAAUUCAGCGAACUUGCCGGGGCUGAAACCCAUUGGCACGACACCAUAUAAACUCUCCAGCCUUCCAGCUGACCACAUGGUGAGUCCAAGGCCCUGAUCCAGUAUCACAGCAGAAUUCACACCAGCCCUGAACCUGGAGAGAUGGUAUCACAGUCUAUGGGUCAGGCAGAUUCUCCCGUGGACCCCUGGGAUGGGGUCAGCAAUGACUCUUGUGAUGCUGAUGGUUUGCCCAGCCUCCUAGACCCUAAGCACCCCCGUUGCCAGUCAGACCUCAGGUUCAUGAGGCACAGAGCUGCCUGGAUUAACCUCCAGAGUGAGCAGCAACCGCUGCAGGAUUUGGGCCCUCAGGGGCCAGCAGUGGGGAACAGUGGGAGCUGCUUGGUGGGGGCUGCUGCUUUUCCCGUGGGCCGGUCACCACUGUCUUUUGAGGACUCCGUGGGGGAGAGAUCACUGUCGAAGGAUGCUGUGGACUCCGUGAGCAGCUCUUCUGCCCAGGGCUCAGGAGAAAAGAACAGAGACUUCUCUUGCACCCCAGUGGAAGAGCAGGCCGUGCUCCCAGCAGGCCAUCCUCAGAUGUCUCUGUUCCCAACAUCCAAGAUUUUGGCCCCUUCACUAGGCCCUGAGGCUGAUGGUGCUCUUCCCAAACCUUCCCACCUGGCAGCUCCCGCUGAUGAAGGUGCUGUUCACAUCAGCAAAAGAGCCGGUUCUCUGAAUUCCUUCUCAGCAGAGGCAUGCGUGCUCCCUGUCGAUGUAGAAAAGGAAAACGCCCACUUUUAUGUUGCAGAUAUGAUUAUAUCAGCAAUGGAGAAAAUGAAGUGUAACAUCCUGAGUCGACAGCACACAGAGAACUGGAGGACAGAAGAAGUCAGCAGGGCACUUGGGAAUGAUCAGGCUUACUCUGAAGUGAACUUUCACACUAACGUAAAGCAAGAAUCUGGGUCUUCCACUUCUUCAGACAGUGGCUAUGAAGGUUGUGCUGUGUUACAAGUCAGCCCACUGGCUGACUGUGAUGUGACGAAAGAGGCCUGCAAGUGUGACUUUGAUGACUUUGUUAUUGUAGAACUUGACGAAUUUAGCAAUAAUAGCACAGAAGAAAGCUAUGGAUGUUCCUGUGGCUCCUCUAGCAGUGUCAUUUAUCAGCCAAACUUCAAUUCUGCUGAGCUACUAGCCAAGGAGCUGUACCGAGUAUUCCGAAAGUGCUGGAUCUUGUCAGAAGUUAAUUAUCAGCUGGCAGGUUCUUUGAAUGUAGCUGGCUUCAUAGUGCUAAAUGAAGAUCAUGUUGGAAAAGACUUUGACUCCAGUGUGGAUGUAGUACAGGAAAUUAAGCUGAAGUCAAGGAUGAGAGGGACGGAAGACUGGGAGCCUCCGAGAUUUCAAAUCAUAUUUAAUGUUCACCCACCAGUCAAGAGGGACCUCAUGGUAGCAGCCCAGAAUUUUUUGUGUGCUGGCUGUGGGACACCAAUAGAACCUAAGUUCGUGAAGCGGCUCCGGUACUGCGAGUACCUGGGGAAGUAUUUCUGUGACUGCUGCCACUCCUACAGCGAGUCCUGUGUCCCUGCGCGGAUCCUGAAGAACUGGGACUUCAGGAAGUACUACGUCAGCAAUUUCUCCAAGCGGCUGCUGGAUGGCAUAUGGCACCAGCCCAUUGUCAAUUUGCAGAGCAUCAGCCACAGCGUGUAUGCCAAGGCCAAGGAGCUGGACCGAGUGAAGGAAAUCCAGGAGCAGCUUUUUCACAUCAAGAAGUUGUUGAAGACCUGCAGGUUUGCUGAAAGUGCAGUAAAGGAGUUUGAGCAGGUGCCAGGACACUUGACUGAUGAGCUCCAUCUGUUCUCCCUGGAGGACCUGGUCAGGGUCAGGAAAAGGCUGCUGAUGCCCUCACUCAAAGAUAUUCUGAAAACUUCCCUCGCGCACAUUGCCAGCUGUGAGCUAUGUCAGGGAAAGGGCUUCAUUUGUGAAUUUUGCCGAAGUGCGGCUGUCAUCUUCCCAUUUCAGACCACAAUGUGCAGAAGAUGUUCAGUGUGCAGAGCUUGCUUUCACAAGCAGUGUUACCAGUCUGCCCAGUGUCCCCGGUGUGCGAGGAUCACAGCCAGAAGACUUUUGGAAAGUUCUCCCUCUGCAGAGACAUGAUGCCCCUGGGUCUUGUGAAAAAGACUAUUCGAAAUGACUGUAACACCUUUUUGUGUCUAUUAUUGACAUCAUUGUUUUAGAUAUUGAGUACUGUCUAUUAAGGAAAACAUGGCCAGUAUUCUCUAUUAUAUAUAUUUAAUGUUUUCAAAGAAUGCAGGUUCUUUGUUAUUAAGCGUAAGUUGUUACUGGUGGUUUUGUUUACAAAUGUUCAAGAUUUUGCUGCUACUUUUUCUUAAAGAGUCUUUUGAUACUUCUUAAAUUGUAUUUGAAUAUUUAUAUUUAGCUGAUGUUGGAGCCUGUUUUUUAUGAAUUGUAACUGACAAGGUGGAUUAGUUCCUCUUCCUAUAAAGCUUGUUUUGUGAAA